CAAGCACAAGCCGAAGGGAUCCUCUUCGGUGCAGACAUCGACGGGUUUCAAAAUAGCCUAAAGUCACUGCAUCAAUCUUAAUUUUUUUUAUCGUGUUGCCCCAAAACCACGAGGUUCAAACGAAAGGUGUCCACGCUCUAUGUCAUGCUGAGCCUCUGUUUUCUGUUGAGAGCAUCACAUACCAAGUGAAACCAGGAGAGAGCACCACGCAAGCGCGUAAAGAAGAGAUUGGACACCUGAUUUCGCGGGGUGUCUUUGGAGCGCUCUUUCAUAUUUUAAGUGAAACAAGCAGUGUUUAAAGGCCCGAGCGGUGCAGAGAGGGAGAUAUCCCACCUUGGAUUAUCAUCAGCACGGACAAAUGGAGAAAAGAGGACACAUCACCGCGUUGACUUUUGAAGCAACGCGUAGGGUCUCGAUGCUGUAGCGUUACGCAUUUUUUCUCCCCCCAAACGAGUCCUAAUUUUCUUUUUUUCCUUUUUUUUCGUUUAAUUUGUGGUCGCUGCAGCAUUUCUUUUUUUCUUAAUAAAGUGUAAUUUCUGUGGCUAAGGAACAGAGCAGGGUGUUGUCAGAGGAAUGAGAGGAGGAGGGUGCAGUAUGAGGUGUGCUUUUUUUGGAAAAGCCGGAGAAAGACGGAGACCGAGAAGGUGUACUGACGUGCAAGAGCCUGCGACGCGUUGUCCUCUUGAGAAAUAAUUGCGAUCCAAAAAGAAAUGGCCUAGUUUAAAAAAGAAAGAAAAAAAGAUCGCCGACACGCCGAAAGAGGAUCGAGCGGCUGAAUCGUGUUUUAGAUGGACGGGCCGUCAUCAUCGUCAUCGCAAUCAUCUUAAUUCCAGGGUGUUUAAGGUGUAACUGGCACCCUGACUGCUGCACUGAACCAGCAAGUAGUUUGAAAGAGGGGGACGGAUGAGACCACAGAGUCCACCUGAGAAUGCUACCCGUCUCUCCACCUCACCAUGUUAUCCUAGUAACACUAUUCACUGUUCCCCUUCCAUCAUUCCUCUUUUUGCCUUUUUCAUUUCCUAUAUCCCCCUGAGUUAGUGACCCCUCCCUUCCCUAGUCUAAGCUGAAGUCCCUGUGAUUUGAGCGUAAUAGUUUUUAUUUUGGACAUGUUUUAUCCUUUAAAAGCUGCCAGCCAUCAAGGCUAUGGUGGGAAGCGCCCCAAUAUUUCUCACCAAGUUGCUAAUCCCUGUCUGUUGUGGCUCCUGGGAUUGGUGCUCCACCUGACCCUCUCGUCCUCUCAACGAGUUGACCUGAAAUACCCAAUAGUAUCCACAGGCUAUGGAAAGGUCCGUGGUAUCAGGAAGGAGCUCAACAAUGAGAUCUUAGGCCCAGUGGAACAGUUCUUAGGUGUGCCAUAUGCCACUGCACCCAUUGGCGAGCGGCGCUUCCAGCCUCCUGAAGCUCCAGGCUCCUGGCAAGAGAUUCGCAAUGCCACACACUUUGCACCAGUGUGUCCCCAGAAUGUGCAUGGAGUUUUACCUGAGAUUAUGCUACCAGUCUGGUUCACAGACAACCUGGAUGCAGCGGCGACCUACGUUCAGAACCAGAGCGAGGACUGCCUUUACCUCAAUAUUUAUAUACCCACUGAAGAUGGUCCGCUCACAAAAAAACAUGAUGAGUCUACAAUGAACAGACCAAGGGAUGAAGAUAUCCGGGAUCGUCGUAAGAAGCCAGUGAUGCUGUUCAUCCACGGAGGCUCCUACAUGGAGGGCUCAGGGAACAUGUUUGAUGGAAGCGUCCUUGCCGCCUAUGGAAACGUAAUUGUUGUCACCAUGAACUAUCGACUUGGGGUGCUUGGGUUUCUGAGCACAGGGGACCAGUCUGCAAAGGGGAACUAUGGCUUGUUGGACCAGAUCCAGGCUCUGCGCUGGCUCAAUGAAAACAUUGGCCACUUUGGAGGAGACCCAGAGAGAAUCACCAUCUUUGGCUCAGGAGCUGGUGCUGCCUGUGUGAACCUUCUCAUCUUAUCCCACCACUCUGAGGGUCUGUUCCAAAGGGCCAUUGCUCAAAGUGGUUCGGCCAUCUCCAGCUGGUCUGUCAACUACCGACCACUUAUGUAUACGAAGAUCCUUGCAAAGAAGGUGGGCUGCACUCUUGGGGACAUGGCCGAGUUGGUAGACUGCCUGCGAAGAAAGAGUUUUCGAGAACUAGUGGAUCAAGAUAUUCAGCCUGCACGUUACCAUAUUGCCUUUGGGCCUGUGGUAGAUGGAGAUGUGGUCCCAGAUGACCCUGAGAUCCUCAUGCAGCAGGGCGAGUUCCUCAACUAUGACAUGCUGCUUGGUGUCAACCAGGGAGAAGGCCUGAAGUUUGUGGAUGACAGUGAAGGAGAAGAUGGAAUAUCAGCUGCUUCAUUUGACUACACUAUCUCAAACUUUGUGGACAAUCUGUAUGGAUACCCAGAUGGUAAAGAUAUUCUAAGGGAGACCAUAAAAUUCAUGUACACAGACUGGGCUGACAGGGACAACAGUGACAUGCGUAGGAAGACCCUUCUGGCUCUGUUCACGGACCACCAAUGGGUGGCCCCAGCUGUUGCCACUGCCAAACUGCAUGCUGAGUUCCAGUCACCUGUCUACUUCUACACCUUCCACCACCACUGUCAGACCGAGGCAAGGCCAGACUGGGCAGACGCCUCCCAUGGAGAUGAGAUUCCCUAUGUGUUUGGGAUUCCCAUGGUGGGAGCUACUGACCUGUUCCCUUGUAACUUCUCCAAGAAUGAUGUAAUGCUCAGUGCUGUAGUCAUGACAUACUGGACCAACUUUGCAAAGACGGGGGACCCUAACUUACCUGUACCUCAGGACACCACUUUCAUCCACACCAAACCUAAUCGUUUUGAAGAAGUUAUCUGGACCAAAUUCAGCUCCAAAGACAAGCAGUACUUGCAUAUUGGCCUAAAGCCUCGUGUCAGAGAUAACUACCGUGCCAACAAGGUGGCCUUUUGGCUAGAGCUUGUGCCGCAUCUCCACAGCCUACAUGAAGAAAUCAUCAGCUCCAUCACCACUCGACUGCCGCCUGGAGGCACCAGCCGGCGGAAGGUCCCUCAUCCUGGCACCCGCUCAACAAGACACCCAGUAAUCUCCACCUAUCCACCAGACCCUGAGCCCGAUGGUUCGGAGAGACCUCGCUAUUCUCCGUUCCCCGAUGAGACUCGGGACUACUCCACUGAGCUGAGUGUGACAGUAGCUGUUGGUGCUUCGCUUCUUUUCCUGAACGUGCUGGCCUUUGCUGCGCUUUACUACAAACGGGAUAAGCGCCAUGAACUCAUGCAGAGACGACACCGCCGGCUGUCCCCGCAACGCGGCACAACAAUGGGCAUGGGUGUUGGCAUGGGAGUCGUAGGGGCCCCACCGCACAAUGACCUGGCGCUGAGUCAGGAGGAGGAGUUGAUGUCACUGCAGAUGAAGCAGCAGAGGGUGGAGCUGGAGCACGGGACACCCCUUCCUUCCCGCGGCGUUCACGGCGACCUGGAACCUCUGCGGCCUCCAGUGUGUCCGCCCGACUACACUCUGGCCCUGCGGCGGGCACCGGAGGAUGUGCCACUGAUGACAGCUAAUACCAUUACCAUGAUCCCAAGCACCAUCAGCAGCAUGCAGCCCCUCCACCCCUUUAAUACUUAUCCCCCUGUCCCAGCCCCCUCUACUACACCUGUUCCCAGCCACAGCAACAAUGCCCUGCCACACCAACACUCUACCACCCGUGUAUAGGACCAGGCACAAGCUCUGCUAUCCCUCUCUGGGUUCACAGAGAUACACCAUACAAACUGCUCCAUUCAAACUCCACUCUCACCACCCUUUAUUCUUCUUUAUCUUUUUGUCUCCUUUCUCAUUAAGCCCUUAAAUAAAGCUGCAGUUUGUAAGAUUGGGAGCAGUGAAAUACCUCUAAAACUGGAAUGAUAGCUCAAUGGGGACUUGAUUGAAAAGCUAAUAUGUCAUCCUCGGCACAUCCUGCUUUUCCCUGUUACCGCUCUAUGAGUAUUUGGUGCUAACGAAAGUCACCAAACAUGCAGCUUUAAGCUUGUAGCUCCCUCAAAAAGGUGUCAUAAUCUGUCAGACAUCUAAUGUGUAGCUUGGUUUUUUGGCGCAUGCGGUUUUUUGUGUCAGUGUAAAACUAUGUUUAACAAAGACUACAAAUAUACAUUUCCAUUCAUUUACUGAAAAGAUGAUACAGUAGCAAGCAGCUUUGUAUGAGGCAGCAUAUGUCCCAACAAGCUGUCAUAAAGCACUGAUUUGUUGAAACUUACAAAUUGCAGCUUUAAAGCCCCAAUCUGGAAGUUAAAUUUAGCACCCUGUGUUGAGCAGUGUCUCAACAGCUGUCUCUGCAUUGUGACUUUGAAGAUUAUUGUUUUGUAUGAAAUUGUAUUGACAGGUCUGGGAAUACUAUUUGACAGCCAUCUUUAACUAGAUCCAGUAUUAAAACUGAUUCAUUUACUCUAUUUGGAACCUGUUCUCUCUUAUGAUAACUUCAGUAACAUAUUUUUUUCUUUCUUGCACUUUUUUUUUUUUUUUAAUCUGUGCAUUUUCUGCUGAUGUAUUUAUAAAAUUUCCAGAUUGGGGCUUCGAAUUUUGGGCAGUAUAGGAAAUGUGUGAAUCCCAUUCAUUGUGUAGGAUGCAAUCUUAAAUCCAGGCUGCCCGUUACAACCCGCUGCAUCUGCAUCUCACAGGCUCUAAUCAUGUCCAUCACUGUAUUUGUUUCUCGCUCAUUAUCUCUCUGUCUGCAUCCUCCACCUCAGCUCAUUUAACUGCUUCUCUCAUUCUGCUGCCUCACACUCUUUUCUCACUCUGCAUCUGCCCUCUGUAGCUCUUUUUAUUAAACCAUUGACAUAAUCCAUUUUCCUCUUUCUCGCAAUCACUUCUAGACUCUUUUUUCCUUUUGGAGUCUUUUAUACAAAAACACAAAUGUAAAUGAUGUAUUAAUAAUAAAUUGUAAGGAUAUGAAUGAAAAAAAAAAGAUAUUCUGAUAUCUCGUUUUUACCAGCAUUCUUGGUGCCAAGUACUGUGAUAAAGUUCCUCUUUCGCUGGCGUCCAGUGGACUGCCUGCAGAGGUCCAUCCUAACUGUAUCUUACAAAAGGAGUUACCAUCAGAAAAAGUGCCAACCCCUUCAUCUUUCUUUUGACCACACGCAUUUUAAUUUUUUUUAUUACACUUAGUGUUGCACUGUAGCUGGUCUCUUCUUCAAAAGGAAAUCAGAUUCAAAAUACUCUCAUUUAAAAAAAUAUAUAUAUAUAAAGUUUUAUUAACUGCUUUGCUGUGUGGGAUAGUUGCAUGAUUUUUUUCUUUUUUUUCUCAAAGUGUGUGGACAGUUGUCAUUUUAAUGAUUUGCCUUGUUCUUCAUUGUUUUCUUUUUAUUUUAAAAGUCAUUCUCUUUAUUGUUUUGUUUUUUGUUUUGUUUUGUUUUUAUAUAUCAACUGCACUUUGUGGUACUUCAGAAAGUAUUAAAGUAUUAAGAGAUGAAUAUUGUGUAAAACUAUGAUUAUAACAAAGAGAGUAAAUAUUUCCUCUUUAUUUUUUUCAUUUCCUAACACUGAGGCUGUGCCGCAAACUACAAGAGACUAUGAAAGCCUUUUUAAAUCCCCCCCUCUUUUUGCUUCUUGCUGUCUUUUUCUUUCACUUUUGCAACUGUCACGUUUGCACAGUCACUGUCUCUCAAACUUACCUGAAGACAGCACUUUUUAAGUUACAAAAAAUAAGCGAGAGAGAGAAAGGACUUCAUGAAUAAUCAAAAUACGGUUUUUGUCUGACUGACAUGAACCACGUGCUUCAAGUGUUUGGGAACUGCCUGACGGUUAUCUUUUUGUCCGCUCUUUUGUUGUCUCAUGAUGCUCGCUUAUGUACGGCGAGAGAAAGGAAAAGAUAUAUUUAUGGUCAAAAUAUGAGAGAGCCUUGUAUGCCCAUGUCACAGCUUUGGCACAGUUGUACACAGAGACGGGUCAUACUCUGGACAAUAAUGAAAAAGAAAAAAAAAGAAGUGUGACAUUAAAACAACACUGAACGAGCAGUGAUUCAGUGGUGAUGAGAAAUGUGACCUGUCAAUGCACAAAGGAUGCAUUCUAAAAACCUGAUUUAAUGGACAUUACUCACACACCAUAUGCCAUGAGUUGCUGGCGAGCAGGAUUAAUUCCUCCUGCUUGUAACGUCCUGCAUCCUGUACGCUCAGGAUAACGACACUCUGGAGUCAGACUGCCAUCUCUUUCGCUGGACUGGAGUGAGCUGCGAGGACAAAACCAACACAGAAAACAAACUGUACAUUUUUUAAGUGUAAGAGAACAAACUGGAAUUUGUAAAUAUUAUGUUUGUUGUUUGGUUUGAGUGACUGGCCGGAACUUUUCUUUGUGACAACAGGUGCAAGUUUAGAUGAAAUACAUGAUUUUGGCAUUCAUGCGUAUAGUCAGUUUGAUUUUCCUUUAUUUUCUGGACCUUAAAAAUCUAAUCCCAAAAAGGUUAUGGGCACAUAAUAACAUUCAUUACAUGAAUGGAUUUUUAAAAAGAUAAAAUAUAAAUCACAGCAUGGUUGAGGUGAACAUAAACACAAAAAGACAAGGAAUGCUUCUGGCUCAGGGUAGCCCAGAUAUUGUGAUGAACAUACUCUUAUUGCAUAUAUCGUUAUCUAAAAAUAUACUGUGCUCACUUGGCACUAUAUCCCAUCAAUCAUAAAGGAGGCUUUUGAGAGAAAUGAGUUCUUAAAUUGGUGAAAAAGCCAAAGAACGGCUGCAAAGAACAGAUGAAGAAUGGUGAAAUGGGAGGAAUAUGAAAAACAAGCAAGAGAAAAUGCUACAAAUGUUUGCAAAGGAUCCACAAAUCAAUUCAUUUUACUUGUAAUACUGUUGAACUUAGAUGUUAUUGUCUCACAUUGUCUUGAGAAUCAUCAUUCAGUGGACCCUGUGACUGGGAGGUAGUAGAAUCCUUUGUACUGUUUUGGUCUUAUUUCAGGCUCCAAUCAUGGUGUUGGUUUUGCUACUUUUUUUUUUUUUGUCUAUAAAUUUAUCAGAUUAUUGACCUAGUUGUUUGAUAUGUUUCAAUUGCCCUUCUUAAAAAUAGUAUUAUAAGAUAUCUUUUUUCUCUCUCUUUUGGAAACAAGGAUUUGGACAAGCCAACAGAAAAUGGAAGCACACUCACCCAGUUUACAUGUUUACACUACAGUUUUGAUGUUGGCUUAUGGUAAUGGGAGGGAAGCAUUACACUGAUCAAAAUAUUUUCUUCUAAUAAGAUUUAAUGCAGGAAUGUUGACAUGAAGGCUUGCACCUGUUUGUCUGUUUCAUUUAUUCAAAUUCAGUAAUCCGCUUCAGGCGCAAGAUAAUGUAAGAGAGCAUAAUGACCAGAAGGGGUUGAAAGAGUUAAAGUUAAUAUUUCUAUUUCAAAUAGAGGCUAUUACACACUGUAUGUUGUGUAUCUGAACUGGAAAACAUUAAAAGAUAUUCUUAAACAAA